AAAAGCUUAAGAGUGUUGGUCGUGAAAGAAUGGAAGGAAAGAUGAAGAUAGGACCAGUAGGGAAGCAUGAUGCUAGAAGCACAACAAUUGUAAAUUGGGACGAAGGAGGUCACAAUGGAAUCCUCUCUCAAAUCUUUUUAUCUCAUGGUAUCGGAGGUAUCAUGUCUAUUCAGUUCCAGUCCGUAAUAGAUGGGAAGUUUGUUUUAUCCGACCGCCACGGUCCAUGUCUGGGCAACAUGUUUGACGUACAGAUAGAGCUGAACUAUCCGCACGAGUACAUAACUGGAAUAAGCGGAGAGUAUUACAAAUACGAAGCUAGCAAUCCUCACAUACGGUCUCUCAAAUUCACUACCAACACUAGUGAGUACGGUCCUUUUGGUACCUCCGGUUCCAGCUACGAAAAAUUCUCGUUUAAACUCGGAAAAUCUCCUCAGUUUGGUGGUUUCCAUGGGACUUACGAUGCAUCCGGACUACAGUACAUCGGUGUUUACCUCAGGCCUAAGACAGUUCAACCCAAAUCCGAUAAAAUCAAUGCAGAAGAAAUGGAGUCAAAAAUUGCCUUGCGCUAAUAAUAUUUGUUUAGUAAAUGUUCUUUAUGUACAAUAAUCAAAUCUAUACAUGUAUACGUAUGUAAAUGUUCAUUAUGUACAAUAAUCAAAUCUAUACAUCUAUACAUGUA